CGUUCAAAAACAUAAACAAGACCGUGAAAACAGCAGUUGAGCUCACGAAAGUGAUCCCAAAUGGUAGAUAAUUUGGUGAGUUGUUGUUGUUGAGCAAUUGUCGACGAGAAUGGCUGAGUACUCGGACAUUGUCAAGUGCCACCCCCUGCUGGUGCUCAUCUCCGAGAAGCCGAUGACUUGGUACGGCUUUUUACUGGUGAAUAAAGACACGAGAGUCGAGAUGAAACUUCGUGUGCCACAUUAUCCGGAAUUGAGAGACGCCAGCGUUCGUUUUGGCGAGCAAAUUUGCCUUCUCCAGGGGAGCGACUUCAAGAAUAAAUUCAAGGAGCUGUUGGUCAAUGGGACUUCGGUCCUUUCGUUUCUCAGACAGCUGCAGGGCUUGAUGGAGGGAAUAAUCAAGCAGAAGACCAAUGAUUCCCCUACGAAAUCCCAUUUCUUCGAUAAGGAUAUGCUGAAGGAGCUGACAACACUCCUAAGAGAGCCUGACAUUGAAGUCCAGGGGAAUAACGAUCUCAGUGCUGUGAAGGUCAUCUACAAGUCUAUAUCGGUUACUCUGAAGCCAGAGAACACGACGAGCAACUCCUGGGCUCUGGUUUCCUCAGACUUACCCGAGCUACCUGUCUGGCGCCCUUUUGACAAGUGCAUUCCCACGCUGAUGGACGCCUCGAAGACACUGAAGUCGAGGGUCGAUGCUCUUGAGGACACCUGGAGAGAACUGGCGGAGAUUGACGAGAAUUGUUGGGUGAUUGAUCCCACAAAUCCCAAGCCAUGCCACCUGUACAGAAGAAUCCACAUAAACUCGGCUCUCUCCCUCCUGAUCAAGCUCAAUCCUCUCCAGUCGCACAGUAAUUUCCCUGAGAUGGAGCUCCUGGGGAGCGACAAGGAGGUUUCCAAGUGCAGGGCCAUUCUCAGUGACAACAUGUGCAAGUGGGACUCUGACAAGACGAUCCCUGAGAAUGUCAUGGAGCUGUUGGAGAUUAGAGAGCUACCGCAGCGUCCAGCAGACGAGGCCAAGGACGACGACGCCAUCUUCGAGGAUGACGAGUGCUGCAUCUGCUUCUCCCUGGAGUCGGAGGAUGGAAAACUUCCCUCGGAGAUUUGCAGCAACGAGAGGUGCAGGAAGCAUUUUCAUAGUGCCUGUCUUUUGGAGUGGCUGCAGACAGUCGCUGGGAAGCAAAUGUAUUUCGAUCGAUGCCAUGGAACCUGUCCUGUUUGUAAGGAAAACAUAUCCUGUGCUGUUAAGGUUCGAUAAGAGUGAUAUUUUUUUAUCAGUGAUGAUUUUUUCGUGAAAUAUUUUAUAUCAUUCGUUACGUAUUUCGGCAAAUAGUUCUUCCAAUCAAUCCACUAGCUGAAAUUAUUUAUUUUUCAUAGAUACGAUUUAUUUAAAAAUACUAUUUAGUCAAAAAUAUAAUUGAUGGCUUAAUUUCAACAAGAAAGAGUUGAGUGAUAUUUUUCUACGAACAGUUUUUUUUCAAAAAAAUAUUUUUAAAAAUGUGAUGACUGUGUCUCAUGACUGGAGAGAUAAAAAGACCUUGUUUUCUUCCUAAAGAAAAAAUAUCUACAAUUAAUAAGACUGAUUUCUUCGUCACUUUGCUUCUGUGAAAUUUUUGUCACAAUAAUUCAUAUGCGUUCCUUGAGUCUCAGCAAAUGUACCAAGUUGACUCGAAAAUGUGAUAAUGAUUAAAGUUAAAAACGCCUGACGUUUCGUCAUUUGUUAAACAAUGUGAUGACUGGAUCUGAAGACAACAGAGAUAGAAAAUCAACUUAUUUUGUUUAUAAAGAAAAAAUAUUCAGAUCUUUCGUGAAAUAUGUGUCACAAUAAUUCACAUACUUCCAUUGACUCCCAACAGAUGUAACAAAUUUAUUCAAAAAUAUAAUAAUGACUAA